AAUAUCUUACCUUAUAGAAUUUAAGACAACUGUGAGGUUAUCCUGUUAUUCACAAUGAUUUUUAAGGAAGAAUGUUACUUAAGUUUUUCUUAAGAACAAUCUUAGGAAAAAAAAAGAACUUUAUUAAGAAUUUUUUUCGGGAAUACAAAAUAAUCGUAACUUUUUUCUUAAGUUAGAAAUUAAGAAGAAAAUGGUAGUUAAGAAGAAAUUUCCUCUUAAGAACGUUUCGUGAAUCCGGCCCCUGGGGUCUAUCGCAGCUAACAUUGGCAAAGAACCGACCACAAAAAAGCCAUCAAACUGUUAUGUAAAGCAACCAGUCACAGCCGGGUUUGUCAUUACGUGAUGUUUAGGGGUGGGGUUAUCGGAGACGGCUCAAACCAUAAUAAAAUACCGGCAUGGGAAAAUAAGUAAUUUAUAUAAUGGCUUGCAAGUCUCUGCGAGCGAUUACAGUGAAAACAUACAGGAAAAUAGUGGAAAAUAUGUAGCAAGUCAGCACAGAACCUCAUUACAGAGUAUGUCACAGACGUAACUAAGUAAACAAAGCAGAAUAUACAGCUCUGCUCAUGGAUGUCCACUUUAAUUUCUUCUACGUGCCUCAAACCAAAUGCUGAAUAUCUUUAAAAGUGUUGAUGUGACUAACCUGGCAAACUUGGGCAAAUUCUGUGAUUAUUUAGUCCUCAAAAGCGCUCAUCGUAUCAACACGGAACCUUGUGAACUCGACUCGUGCUUCCACCAGGACCAGUGCAAACUAAGCUCUUGGAAAUCCUGUAGAAGUCAGCCAAUCAGAUUUGACUGGACUGAGAAAGCCUUUCCAAUUUUGUGUUCCAAGCGUCAGAUGAUGUUCAUCAUGAGAGAGCAGGUGGAUGUGAUCUUCUGUAAAUCAGUAGGAACUGAUCUGUCCAUGCUAGAUAUUGAUGAUUUCAUCACAGAAAUCUCUCAGCUGAAGAAAGAGGUGACGUCACUGAAGAAAGAGGUGACGUCACUGAACGCAAAGCUGAAGGAGAGAGAUGACAGGUUACAGGAGCUGGAAAAGGUUUCCUGUCAAUCUUCAGUGCGUGUGACUGAUGGGACCUCCACAGAAUGUCAGGAUUCAGUGUGGAGCGGCAGAGAUCAGUCCACACCACAGCAGCUGCUGGACAAACUCUCUGAACAGAGAUCCAGAGACACACAGGACUCACAGCUCACUUUACUCUGUUCUACUGAUGCUCAGGAGAGUGUGUGUGACAGUAAUCAGGGUGAUCAAACCUCCACAGUGUCUCUGACUUCUGUCUGUAACGCUGGAGAACAGCAGAUGCUGCAGACACCAGUGAAGAUUGAAGUGAAGCAGGUGGAGAUAAAAGAAGAAAACACAACAGAGGAACAACAGAGUGAUGAAGAUGUUGAUGAACAGCAGAUGCUGCAGACACCAGUGAAGAUUGAAGUGAAGCAGGAGGGGAUAAAAGAAGAAAACACAACAGAGGAACAACAGAGUGAUGAAGAUGAUGAUGAAAAGCAGAUGCUGCAGACACCAGUGAAGAUGUGUUCAGUGAAGCUACUGGAUUGCAGGAUCCUGAUGAAGAUAAGAGGAGAAACCACAGAAGAGGAACAACAGAGUGAUGAAGAUGAUGAUGAGACAUCGACAGAGAAAGAACAGAGUGAUGAAGAUGAUGAGGAUUUCAUUCCUUUAGAGCUGAUGGAAGAGCAAGAGGAACAUCAAGAACUGAAUGAAGUGGAGGAGAAACAUCAGUAUCAGAAACGGCAUGAUUUUAUAACUGGAGAAAACUCUUUGAGUGGCUCAAAGACUGAAAAGAAUUUCUCACCAAAAAAGCCUCAAAAAAGAGUAGCCAAAAACACUUUCACCUGCUCCCAGUGUGGAAAGAGUUUCACAUUUAAAAACCAGCUUAAUAAACACAUGAGAGUUCAUACUGGAGAGAAGCCCUUCUCAUGCCAUCAGUGUGGAAAGAGUUUCGCAAAUGCAGAUUAUCUCAAGAAACAUCUCCGCCGUCACUCUGGAGAAAAAACAUUUGAAUGUGAUAAGUGUGAUAAAACAUUUGUUGUAAAUUCAGGCCUAAAAGAGCAUCUGAGAACUCACACAAAUAAGAAGCCUUACAAGUGUUCUUUUUGUGGAAAGAGUUUUGCACACCUGUACUAUUUUAAACAGCACCAGAAAAUACAUACCAGUCAAGGGGCUCAUAUGUGCUUUGAAUGUGGAAAGACCUUUAUUACAGCCGGCAACUUGAAUCAGCACCAAAUAAUUCAUACUGGAGAAAAACGUUACAAGUGCCCACACUGUGAAAAGAGUUUCACUCGGUCAGAACACCUAAAAACACAUGAGAGAAUCCAUACCGGAGAAAAACCUUACAAGUGCUCACACUGUGGAAAGAGUUUCACUCGGUCAGAAUACCUAAAAACACACAAGAGAAUCCAUACUGGAGAAAAACCUUACAAGUGCUCACACUGUGGAAAGAGUUUCACUCGGUCAGAAAACCUAAAAACACAUGAAAGAAUUCAUACUGGAGAAAAACCUUACAAGUGCUCACACUGUGAAAAGAGUUUCACUCAGUCAGAACACCUGAAAACACACGAAAGAAUUCAUACGGGAGAGAAACCUUACAAGUGCUCACACUGUGGAAAGAGUUUCACUCGGUCAGAACACCUGAAAACACACCUAAAAACACAUGAGAGAGUCCAUACUGGAUAUCUCUUCAUUGGCCAGCACUGUAUUGUGGCCAUUGGCAAGUCAGUGGGCAAUCUGGUGGUAUUGGAUCAUUACAUCUGGCUGGCCCUUAUGGAAAUGCAUGACAUGGAAAAAGUCACUCUCUAUGAUGCUCCGGUGUCUCCAGUCGGCAUUUUCGGCAGUUCUGUGGAUAGGUUUGCUGAGCACUACAUCACAACUCAGCAACUCUAUCAGGCUAUGAGGGUCAUGAGUUUGCGAAGUGAAACAGGAAUGGAGUUCCAUAAUGAGGGUGCAGAGAUACAGAAAGCCCUGCCACCGAAGGAUGAAAUCUUGAACCAUGGUACCUGUAGUAGGCUAGAGUCCAUGGACCUAAGUGAUCGAGCUGGAGUCAUCAUAAAUUGUUUUGCAAACCGCCAUGAAACACGAGAAGAAGAAAGAGGAGCUCACAGUUUAAACGCUCAGUUGAUGUUCAUCAUGAGAGAACAGGUGGAUGUGAUCUUCUGUAAAUCAGUAGGAACUGAUCUGUCCAUGCUGGAUAUUGAUGAUUUCAUCACAGAAAUCUCUCAGCUGAAGAAAGAGGUGACGUCACUGAAGAAAGAGGUGACGUCACUGAACGCAAAGCUGAAGGAGAAAGAUGACAGGUUACAGGAGCUGGAAAAGGUUUCCUGUCAAUCUUCAGUGUGUGUGACUGAUGGGACCUCCACAGAAUGUCAGGAUUCAGUGUGGAGCGGCAGAGAUCAAUCCACACCACAGCGACUGCUGGACAAACUCUCUGAACAGAGAUCCAGAGACACACAGGACUCACAGCUCACUUUACUCUGUUCUACUGAUGCUCAGGAGAGUGUGUGUGACAGUAAUCAGGGUGAUCAAACCUCCACAGAGUCUCUGACUUCUGUCUGUAACACUGGAGAACAGCAGAUGCUGAAGACACCAGUGAAGAUUGAAGUGAAGCAGGAGGAGAUAAAAGAAGAAAACACAACAGCGGAACAACAGAAUGAUGAAGAUGAUGAUGAACAGCAGAUGCUGCAGACACCAAUGAAGAUUGAAGUGAAGCAGGCGGAGAUAAAAGAAGAAAACACAACAGAGGAACAACAGAGUGAUGAAGAUGAUGAUGAUGAGACAUCAACAGAGAAAGAACAGAGUGAUGAAGAUGAUGAGGAUUUCAUUCCUUCAGAGCUGAUGGAAGAGCAAGAGGAACAUCAAGAACUGAAUGAAGUGGAGGAGAAACAUCAGUAUCAGAAACGGCAUGAUUUUAUAACUGGAGAAAACUCUUUGAGUGGCUCAAAGACUGAAAAGAAUUUCUCACCAAAAAAGCCUCAAAAAAGAGUAGCCAAAAACACUUUCACCUGUUCUCAGUGUGGAAAGAGUUUCAUAUGUAAAAGCCAACUUAAUAUACACAUGAGAGUUCAUACUGGAGAGAAGCCCUACUCAUGCCAUCAGUGUGGAAAGAGUUUCGCAAAUGCAGAUUAUCUCAAGAAACAUCUCCGCCGUCACUCUGGAGAAAAAACAUUUGAAUGUGAUAAGUGUGAUAAAACAUUUGUUGUAAAUUCAGGCCUAAAAGAGCAUCUGAAAACUCACACAAAUAAGAAGCCUUACAAGUGUUCUUUUUGUGGAAAGAGUUUUGCACACCUGUACUAUUUUAAACAGCACCAGAAAAUACAUACCAGUCAAGGGGCUCAUAUGUGCUUUGAAUGUGGAAAGACCUUUAUUACAGCCGGCAACUUGAAUCAGCACCAAAUAAUUCAUACUGGAGAAAAACGUUACAAGUGCCCACACUGUGAAAAGAGUUUCACUCGGUCAGAACAUCUAAAAACACAUGAGAGAAUCCAUACCGGAGAAAAACCUUACAAGUGCUCACACUGUGGAAAGAGUUUCACUCGGUCAGAAUACCUAAAAACACAUGAAAGAAUCCAUACUGGAGAAAAACCUUACAAGUGCUCACACUGUGAAAAGAGUUUCACUCAGUCAGAACACCUGAAAACACACGAAAGAAUUCAUACUGGAGAGAAACCUUACAAGUGCUCACACUGUGGAAAGAGUUUCACUCGGUCAGAGCACCUAAAAACACACCUAAAAACACAUGAGAGAGUCCAUACUGGAUAGUCUUGUCUAAUUAUUGUGAUGACUCUUCACCACCACAUGAUGGCAGCACCUUCAAAAAUGAGAUUAGAUGCACUUAUUGUUGGUAAGAUGUUGUACAACUCGCAUCACGAGAACAUGUAAUGUUGUACUAUAUUGUUGUUCUUGUGUUUCAGACAAUCAGAACCCUACAAAAUGUGAACAUUUCACAGGCCAUGUGUAGAAGUGAUUUUUUUCCAGGUCUUGAAGUCUCUUCAUUGGCCAGCACUGUAUUGUGGUAAACAAUCAGACCAGAUGACAUUCCAGAAGCCAGUUUAUGGCAGAGCCCCUCCCUAACUGUCAAGGCAAAGAAGAGUGGCUCCAUUUUGAUUGGAUCAUGGCAGGACCAACAUAAACAAAUGCCAAGCACAGCCAUCAGAUAAGCUGCUCGGACAACUGCCAGACACCCCUCACAAGGCAUAAAAGAUCUUCCAAUACAUUGGAAAAGACUUCUCAUUGGUCCGUGAGUGGUUUCUAAGCAACAUCUUAAACCCCCAUCCUAAGGUUUUACAUAAGACCAGAGUUGAGCGAAGGACCAUAACAUUUUUUCAAGACCUCUUGAAGCAACAUUAACUUACCAUGUGGCAAAAGAUGAAACAAAGAAGCCACAAAGACAACUCUUUACACACAAACUUUUACUCCUAACAUGGGACAACAACUGCUCACAUUCAUACCAUGUUUGUACACAUAACUGUUUAUGUUAAUUGCUGUUGAUCAAUUAGCAAAAUAGUUCACACAAAAACUAUGGUGUUAUAAAUUAAUGUAUGCAUAAUAUUUAAUCUUUCAAUAUCAUGUUUGGUCUCUAUAUCUUCAGAAAAAUUCCAAGAGUAUUUUUGAAAAGGUUUGGAAAGGGAACAAUGAAUAGAUAUAACUUUAAAAACACUGUUCUAACUAUGUACUUUAAAAUAUGCAAAUGUUCCACACAGAGGAGGAAGGAUGGGGCACACUUUAUGUUCCACCUCUGAUCUUAACACCCAAUUAGAAACAGUAAGGUGCCAGACUCCUCAUCAGGAAGGUAUAAAACUAUCCUCCGGAUGACCACACAUUUGUUCUGAGUUCCCGGCUGUGUGAGUUCGGGAGCAAUAACAGAAUAAUAAUAAUAAACAUUCUGGGUCUCCAGCCUGGGUGAUGGGAGACAUUAACAGAGGAGGAAUGAUGGGCCACACUUUGUGUUCCACCUCUGAUCUUAACACCCAAUUAGAAACAGUAAGGUGCCAGACUCCUAAUCAGGAAGGUAUAAAACUAUCCUCCGGAUGACCACACCUUUGUUCUGAGCUCCCGGCUGUGCGAGUUCGGGAGCAAUAACAGAAUAAUAAUAAUCAACAUUCUGGGUCCCCAGCCUGAGUGAUGGGAGACAUUAACAGAAUAACAGUAACGCUCCAAAGUCCUGAGUCCCCGUCCAGAGGGUGGUUAACAGGAUACAUUUUGAUAACACAUCUCCAUUCUGGUCUCACUCCAUGAGAGAGAGGAUAACAGAUCAUCCAACAUUCUUAGUCUCCAUCCUAGAGACAAUAGAAUAUCGACCAAGUAUUGAGUCUCACUACAAGAGACUAUUGCAACGCCAAGUUUGGAAUCCCAGGGAGAUAACUACAGCGACAAGGUUUACCUCUGGCGAGCAAACCUUCUCUUCAAGUUUCCUGCAUCUGUGUGUUCCAGAUAUAGAAACUUGUGUCUAAAUAAAGGCUGCAUAUCUGCGUGUUCCAGAUUGCUAGAACCCUCUCUGUGCUUCCAGGAGAUCAGCAUUCCUCAGCUCCUUCAUGUCCAAGGAUGUUGAAAUGGAAUCCAUCUCCUUCCCCACUGUAAUGUGGCCCUGAGCCCCAGUGGAAGACAUCGCUAUCACCGAACUCAUCGACCAAUCAAAGAGAAGGUAAAUAUCACUACUAAACCUCUUUCCAGAGACCUUAGCAUUAGUGUAAACUAUCAGUUUAUGAUUUUUGAAUCAGAAUCAGUUUUAUUGCCAAGUAUGCUUACUCAUACAAGGAAUUUGUCUUGGUGACAGGAGCUUCCAGUGUACAACAAUACAAAAACAAUACAAAAACAGCAGCAAGACAUAGAUAAUAAUAAAACAUAGUUAUACACAUACGUACAUACACAGACACACACAUACAUACAUACAUAGACACACAUACACAUACGUAGUGCAAUCUAAUACAAAUCUGUUAUCUGUUAUGUACAGUGCAAAUGUUUUUUUGUUUUUAUUUCUCUCAGAGGAAUGAAAUGGCAGAAGAGGUUGGAUGUGUUGGAUAAAUAUAAAAAAAAGACUAAACUGUGUAUUGCACAUAGUUAUUGCUCAUUGGGGCAAUUUAACUGUUCAUGAGAUGGAUAGCCUGAGGGAAAAAACUGUUCCUGUGCCUGACGGUUCUGGUGCUCAGAGCUCCGAAGCGUCGGCCAGAAGGCAACAGUUCAAAAAUGUAAUGGGCAGGGUGAGUGGGGUCCAGAGUGAUUUUUCCAGCCUUUUUCCUCACUCUGGAAGUGUAUUGUUCUUGAGGGGCAACCAAUAAUCCUCUCAGCAGUCCGAAUUGUCCUUUGUAGUCUUCUGAUGUCUGAUUUCAUAGCUGAACCAAACCAGACAGUUAUUGAAGUGCAGAGGACAGACUCAAUGACCGCUGAGUAGAACUGUAUCAGCAGCGCCUGUGGCAGGUUGAACUUCCUCAGCUGGCAAAGGAAGUACAACCUCUGCUGGGCCUUUUUCACAAUGGAGUCAAUGUGUAUUGUAAUAUUCUAUAGAUUACGAAACCUGUUUAUGAAAUGUCUUGCAAAUAAUCUUUGAGUUAUUUGUUUAAAUAGAUAUAAGGUUUUCACCUUAUUAACAGAGAAACAGCAACUUAAGUUCCAUAAGAUAAUACUUUGCCAUUGCAGCAUCCAAUUCAACCACUUGCAUCUUCCCAUCCUAUGCACUUUAUUUACCUGUUCAUUUAUUUAAUCUUUUAGCAUACUGUAUUAGUACCAUUUUGUAGUUUUUACGAGUUAUUCUUGUUUAUCUUUUUGUAAAUAAAACACAUUUUAAAUUUCAUUACAAUUGUGUUUCUUGUGUUGAUGAUAGAGAAGAGCUCUAAAGGGUUUAGCUGAGUUUUACAAUUUUUUCAUAUUAUACAUAGGAUGGGAAUAAGGAGUGGUGGUGGCGUAGUGGGCUAAAGCAUAUAACUGGUAAUCAGAAGGUUGCUGGUUUGAUCCCAAAAGCCACCACCAUUGUGUCCUUGAGCAAGGCACUUAACUCCAGGUUGCUCCGGGGGAUUGUCCCUGUAUUAAUUGCACUGUAAGUCGCUUUAGAUAAAAGCAUCUGCCAAAUGCAUAAAUGUAAAUGAUUCAGAUGACCAACUCCCUCCAAUUUACAUACUUCUAAUUCAUUGAAUGGACCAACUGGAUCAUUUAUUUUACUGUUAAGGUGAAACUCCUUAGCUGGUGCCUUGAGGAUGGAGGGAGGGGCUGUCUGAUAUUAAUAAUCACACACACAUACACUUUAAGUGAAGUGUGAUAAAAAAUUACCACAUACGUUGGUGUCAUGUAUGAAGCCCUGUUCAUACCAAUUUGUGCCAGUGUGAUUCUAACUACAGUAUAUAUAGUAUGUCUAUACAGAAUACAGUUCCUAGAUCACAUUUUAUUUUCACAACUUGUGUUUUCUGGAGUGUGUUGUUCUGUUAAAACUUUUCACUUUUGGAUGACCAAUCCCUUUCAAGACACUGAUGCACAUUUAUGCCUUGCUGGUAGAUGUGAUAAGAUGUGAAUGACCCUUAAUUAGGUUGAUCUUGAACAAUGACUUUAUGCCAAUUAUCAGAGGUCUGGUUACACAAGACUGUGGCUGAUUUGGACCUCAC